AUGCGCAGCUUUCUUGGAAAGUUCACGCUGAACAGCCGCAAGAAACGAAACGAAACGCAUAAAGAACCGCAACCUGGAAACAUCACCCAAGGAGACCUUCUGCUGUGCUUCUCGCAACUGGACCUGUUUUAUCCCGAUUGCCUUUUUAGUCCCAACACGAAGCGAAUAGAGCUUCUGAGGACAGAGAUGGACGCUCCCUCUGUGUGGGAACCCCCUGACCUGAAGAACCGACGGCAGUCGACACCCCACCCCGUGGGUGGCUGCAGGGGCUGCGUCUGCCUGGCGACAAGUGGACGGCAUGAAGCCUGCUUGCAGAGUGUCUGCUGCUCGCCUUUCCUUUGCCCGGCGGAGGAAGUCUUGCGGAGAGCCCGGGGCCCCUCCAGCAUCCGAGCCCAUCAGCAGGGGCCAGGGGGGCGCCAUGGGGCCUCUGCUGCGCCUGGGGCUGCGGCCAUGCUGCUGCUGCUGGGGGGCUCCGGGGCACUAGCCUCUCAGCCUCUCCCCCGCCAGCUCCCACGUUUCUGCCUUCCCUCCAAAAAAGGAGAAGCACACUUUCCAAUAAAAGAAACAGUCUUCCCCUCCUCGCACUCGCUGAGGUAUUACUACACAGCAGUGUCAAAGCCUAGUGAGUCACUUCCUCAGUUCAUCAUUUUGGGGUAUGUGGAUGACCAGCUAAUCUCUCAAUAUGACAGCUACACCAAAAAGAAGCAGCCUGGAGUCCCCUGGAUGAAGAAGGUGGAGGAACAUUAUCCCUCCUACUGGGAGGAGGGAACCAGGGUGUCAGAGAACACCGAGAUGUUCUUCAGGGAAAGCCUGGUGACUGCAAGAAAUCGUUUUAAUCAGAGUGGAGGAUUUCACUGCCUGCAGGAGAUGUACGGUUGUGAGCUGAGGAAAGAUGGGAGCAAAGGAGGGUUUUGGAGGUACGCCUAUGAAGGGAAGGACUACAUCAGCCUGGACAAGGAGACCCUCACCUGGACAGCAGCCGAGUUGCCAGCCCAGAUCACCAAGAGGAAGUGGGAUGCUGAACCUACCAUUGCCUGGUACUGGAAGGCCUACCUGGAGGAAGAAUGCAUUGAAUGGCUGCAGAAAUACCUAGAGUAUGGAAAAGAGAUGCUGCAAAGGACAGAUCCACCAAAAGUGAAGCUGACACGCAAAGCAGAUUAUGACAAUAUGGAAACCUUGAUCUGUCGGGUUGAUGGCUUCUACCCGAAGGAUAUUGACAUUGUCUGGACAAAGGAUGGGGAGGUCUGGAUGGAAGAUACCUUCCAUGGGCUUGUGUCCCCCAACUCAGAUGGGACAUAUUACACCUGGCUGAGCGUCAAAGUUGACCCCAAGGACAGGGACCGUUACAAAUGCCAUGUGGAACAUGAUGGACUUCCAGAAUAUGUGGACCUGGCCUGGGAGGAGUCUUCUUCCAGCCAGGGUCCCAUCAUCGCAUGUGUGGUGGGUGCUGUCUUUCUGGUUGCUGGGAUUGCUGGGAUUGCUGGGAUUGUUUGGAUUACUAAAUAUAUCAGUGAGUAAAUUCUGAAUGCAUUUACCUGUAGGGAGGAGGCAUUCUGUGGUUGUGCUUGGCAUCCAUUGUCGGUGUUCUAG